AUAAAAUGAUUGUACAUGUUGUUUAAGUGCGUUACCUUGGAUACAAGUAACGUUGACUACUCGAUUUUUCCGUUCUGUUGUACACGUAGCACGGCACUCAAUGCCUGAGCCUAUCAAAUACACUUUAUGUACACAACUUAUGUUCUCAUUCGUUCAUUAAUACGCUAAUCGGAUUCUAAUACGUAUAUUGUCUACAUUUAUAGACUACAGUCAUACGUAUAAACUACCUUACGGAUAUUUACAUUAAUUGUAUUACUAAUCUCCUAUAAUUGUGGAUUUUUGGUACCAGUCACAACCAAACACGCACAAGCAGCCGUAUAAACAUUCACUUCAUGGCUCAAGAGACUCAGCAAAAUGAACUUCGUGGAUCUAUUAGCCUACGAAAUCCUCAACUACAACAUCCGAACACACUAGCAAUUAUCAAUAAUUACUCGUCUUCUGGAGAAAUUCACACCAUCCAGAUAUCCAGUUCCUCAGCUAAAUUGCCUACUGCAACAUCCAUCUGUUCCUUGUCAGCAAAUAAUCAACCCGUUCAAUACAUUGGACCGGAGGCCAGGACUUUAUGUGUUCCUGUUUGUAGUGCCCAUUCGAUACAAAGCCAGAACUCUUCAGUAAUGAGUAGUCCUGCCAAUAUUCGUAACGUGUCUCCUGAUUCAAGCACUCACCCAGUCGGUCAAACAUAUACGGCUACUACCAAUGCCCCUUCCGUCGUUGCAACAGAUCCAGAAAAACGUCACCUCAUCCAGCAACAGUUGAUCUUAUCACUUCAUGUCCGUCGUUGUCUGCGCCAAGAAGAUGAGAGCAACGGACGAAUUAGCCAAUGUACGACACCUCAUUGCAACACAAUGCGCGGAGUUUUACAACACAUUACUUCAUGUAUACAAGGUAAAAAUUGUCAAACACCACAUUGUGCUUCCUGUCGUCAAAUCAUAUCUCACUGGCAAAAGUGUGACAAUCGAGAGUGCCCUGUGUGCGGACCAUUAAAGCAGGACCAACACUACCAACGUAAUCAAGUGAUACGUCCACCUCAGAAUUCAACUCAGGUACAUGCGGUCUCAAACCGCGUCCCCGAGGUAAAUGGUGUUGACUGCAGUCCUCAUUCAUGUGUCGCUCAGCAACCACCCAGCCAAACCUUUCGGGUAACCUCCAUCUCCAGUGUUCCUGUCAACACAGUUGCCACACGAGCACCGAGUUCAGUCAUCCCCAGUACUCAGAUCUCAGAUGCUUCAAACUUGAAUGGUGUUAAUAAUCAUGUAGCAGUUAAAUGUACAUCAAGCGAGCAAAAUGACUGGCGAAAAGGUGUGGAUAUACCUCAACGAAAUAAUGUCGUCCGCAGAAUUGUACGCUUCAUUUUCCCGUUUCCGGAUGCUUCUGCCUAUUCAGAUCCAAGAAUGCGAAAUUUAAUCCAAUAUGCCCGUAAAGUUGAGGGCGAAAUGUAUGCUACUGCCACAGAUGUUGAUCAUUAUUUUCAUUUGUUGGCUCAGAAGUGCUACAAGAUUCACCGUGAGCUACAUGAAAAACGUAAAAUUCGCCAGCUUGCAGCAGACAAUUCAGUAGGGAGUUCUCAAUCCGUGGUAACCUCAUCCGCUGCUGUUAACUCAUCGCAACUAAAUCAGAGUUUGUCCACGUUGUCUAAUCAGUUGGCUUCACCCUCCAAUUCAGUUUCUUCUACAUUGGGUUCUUGCUCAGUAAACAGAGACUAUGGAAUUUAGUUAAUUAGCUUGGAUAAGCAAAGUUUCUGGUUAAUAUUAUCCCUUGGGGUGCUACUGACUUAUCUCAUUGAUCUCUCACUAAAUUGUAUGCGUACAAGUAGAAAUCUCACUAUCUGGGAAAUUUCUGUAUUUGAAAUCAUUAGGAUCUUCAAACAGACUACAUAAAAUUAGCUUUGAUUAUUUUAUGAAGAUUUGUUUCUUACAUAGUGUCCUAAGGGAUAUUAUAAUUAUGAAUAAUAAAUAGUG